GUCGCGUUACCUUGCCGGGCUCUCUCAGGGCCAGUACGCGUCUGACCACGCUGCCGAGAGCAUCUUUCCGUCAGUUGCACGCACAGCGUCGAAUAGGAGCCGGUUCCGCCGCACGUCAUAGCAGAGAUGCCGAAUUGCCCCAAGUGCGACAAGCCUGUGUAUUUCGCCGAGAGGAAGACGUCCUUAGGCAAAGAUUGGCACGGUUCGUGUUUACGCUGCGAGAAAUGCAAUAAGACCCUAACACCCGGGAGUCAUGCCGAGCACGAAGGGAAACCUUACUGCAAUCACCCUUGCUAUUCAGCCCUGUUCGGUCCAGGAGGUUUCGGACGCGGUGGUGCUGAGAGUUACGUCUACAAUAAGUAAAAAUUGCUUAUGCGCUUAAGGCAAUCGUACAAUCUCGAACGCAACGUCGUUCGAUUAAUUAUAAUAUUCUAAUUGUAUAUUAUAAUAUUAUAUAUAUAUAUUAUAAUUAUACAAUUAUAAUAGUAUAAAUUAUAAUUAUAAGGGAAACAAACAUUCCGUCUAUUUAUAUACAUAUGUACUUAAAAAUGUGUCUAUUUUCUACAAAAUGUUCUAGAAGUGUGUACAUUAUUAAAUGCAAUAACGAUUCUU